CUAUUGAGGAGGAGAGUGAAAGAUGGCGUCCUCAAACAAUCCCCGCAAAUUUAGCGAGAAAAUCGCUCUGCAUAAUCAAAAACAAGCAGAAGAAACUGCAGCUUUUGAAGAGGUGAUGAAAGACCUAAACAUUACCAGAGCUGCGCGGUUGCAGUUACAGAAGACCCAGUAUUUGCAACUAGGGCAGAAUCGUGGACAGUACUAUGGAGGCUCACUGCCCAAUGUCAAUCAGAUUGGAAAUAGCAACAAUGACAUGCCUUUUCAGAAUUCUGUGUUGGACACCAGUCGAACAACUAGGCAUCACGGUCUAGUGGACCGUGUUUACCGUGACCGGAACCGCAUCGCUUCACCCCACCGCCGGCCAAUCUCUGUUGACAAACAUGGCCGCCAGAUCGACAGCUGCCCCUAUGGCUCUGUGUAUCUCUCCCCUCCACCUGACACCAGCUGGAGGAGGACAAAUUCAGACUCGGCCUUACACCAGAGUGCGAUGAACCCUAAGCCACAAGAAACCUAUGUGGGGGGAUCCCAAGAGCUCCAGCCCAAGCGAGUGUUGCUGUUAACAGUACCUGGGACUGAGGAGUGUGGACCAGAUACAGACGAGGAUGCACAGAAGCAAAUGUGGGAUAAUAAAAAGAAUGACUCAUCGAGACCCAAGUCCUGCGAUGUCCCAGGGAUCAACAUCUUCCCAUCACCCGAUCAGGAAGUGAACACAUCUUUGCUCCCCGCCACACACAAUACCGGCGGCUCGCUGCCUGACCUCACCAAUAUUCAGUUCCCCCCACCGCUGCCCACCCCGUUAGACCCCGACGACACGGUGGCCUUCCCUGCCCUCAGCACCUCCAACAGCACGGGAAACCUGACCACCAACCUCACCCACCUAGGCAUCAGUGCCGCCAGCCACGUGGGGACGGCCUCCUCUCAGUCGGCCAUGACAGUGUCAGCCCAGCGUCGGUUGCCCACCGUGGUGCCCCUCACCCUCAGCGUAGACCUCCAGCCUCAGCCUUCUCCCCAGCAGCUCUCACCCACCCUGUCGCCUCCCAUCAACAUCACGCAGGUAGUGCCAAUGGAAACCUUAAGCCUGGAGCAACAGCUCUCCCAGUACCCCUUCUUCAGCCAGCUGACAGCCCAGGCCCAGGCCCAGGUGCUGAACGACCUGCACCUGCAGCAGCUUCUGCCCCAAGGCAUCAGGCUGAUCACCCUACCCCCGCUGGCCACCACCGCCCCGGCCACACAGGCCUCCCCAGACUCUCUGAUCCAGACCAGUGCAAGCAUCAACGUCAACUCAUACCGUAAUCAGACUGGCUCUCCGGCCAAUCAGUCUCCAACCUCCCCUGUCUCCAAUCAAGGCUUCUCGCCUGGCGGCUCGCCUCAACACAUUUCUGUGGUGGGCAGUAUCUUCGGAGACUCUUUCUAUGACCAGCAGCUGGCGUCGAGACAAACCAACGCUCUUUCCCACCAGCUGGAGCAGUUCAACAUGAUUGAGAACCCCAUCAGUUCCAACAGCCUGUACAGCCAGUGCUCCACCCUCAACUACACACAGGCUGCCAUGAUGGGCCUUACCGGGAGCAGCCUGCAAGACACCCAGCAGCUAGGCUUCAGUAGCCAUGGCAACAUCCCCAACAUCAUCCUCACAGUGACAGGAGAGUCUCCACCCAGUCUCUCCAAAGAGCUGACCAACUCGCUGGCUGGUGUUGGGGAUGUCAGCUUUGAUGCAGACUCUCAAUUUCCAUUGGAUGAACUGAAAAUUGACCCCCUUACCUUGGACGGACUGCACAUGCUCAAUGACCCUGACAUGGUACUCACAGACCCUGCCACUGAGGAUACAUUCAGGAUGGACAGGUUGUAAAGGUGAAACAGACUGUGGCCGCCAAAAAAAGAAGAAAAAAAUGAACAAAACAUGUGAAGGAAAAUAAAAUCCACCCUUGGGUUCAGUCCCCAGGGGGAAGUAUAAAGGCAUGGUGCGGGUGACUUCUCUACCCAGUUGCAUGGCCCUUCAGCCUCACCCAGAACUUGUUCAGGCCUUUGAUACGAUAUUCCACCAAAACUAUUGUGUGGGUUGAAGGACACACAAUGCCUUUUCGGGUGGUUUGGCAUUGCUGUCAAUUUCAAUGAGAUUGUUGGUCCCUCAGCCAACCUGCUGCGUUUACUAUACAACAUUAUUUCCCAUACGCAUACAACAACAACAAAAAUAAUCCCCAAAAAAUCACAAUUGACAACUGUUUGGGAAGUUUAGUUUUAUUUUAAGGAGGGUGGGGCAGUGGGGGCAAAGUAGACACUAGGGCGGUAGGCACCACUACACCAAUAAUGAAUGCUGUGUAUGAUGUGUGCAAAUACUACAGCCAAGCUCUUUCUACCCUUGAUUGAAAGUCAUUGUUUUUCCCAACUUACAUCAUACUUAAAGCUUUAUUUUUACUGACAACCAAAUGUUUAUAUUUUUGUCAUGUACGUGUUUAAUUUGUGUGCAUUUAUAUUUAUUGAAUUAUUUAUUAAGUUGAAUUUGUUUUAUAUAAAUAUAGAAUUCAAUUAUUUGUUUGAUGCCAAAUUUUUCUUUGCUAUUGUCCUCUUGUACAAACUGCACUGAUUUAAUUUUGUGUUUAUUUAUUCAUUGAUAUUAUUUGUCUAUUUAGUUACAUUAAGGAGUGCAAAUCCUCCCCAUAUUUGCUCUUGAACUCAAACAUCUCUAUAAAUACAUAUAAACUAGGAAAAAUGUACAUCUUAAAAUUAACUAGCUUCUAUCACUCUCAUAAGAAAAACACUUUAUUGUGCCAAUUAACAACUUUUAAGUGACUUUAUUAAUAACUGUUUAAAAGACUACUUCCAUGUGUUGUUUUUAAUGUUAAGCAAAGUAUAAUUUAAAAUAGUCUAAUUGAAAAUAUAGAAGACUAAGAGAAAUUCCCCAAGAGUAUUUGUUUUCACUGCUGCUUGAAAAAGUUAAUCCAAAUAUAAUUUAAUCUUUUGCUUAUCUGACAAAGGUCACCUCUACUAAAACCUAGAGAGAAGCGAACACAGAAAUCUUACCUAUUGAACUUGUCACUGUGAGAUCACCUAAUUUUGCCUUACAUGAGUAUUAUACUGUUUUAAGUGUCUAAUUAAUGUGACAAUGUAUUUUCGUAACUUCUUGUGACAUUUUAUUGUAUUUAAAAGGAACUCCUAACUUUCAGUCAGUGACAAUAUUUGUGGUUAUGUAGAGUAAGGUUGGACAAAAUAAUUGUAUUGUAUUUUGUACUGGUACACUUUUUAGCUAAAUUCUCAAUGUUUUGUAAAAAAUGACAAAAAAGGUUGGGUUAAAAGUAUUUGUGAUGGAGAGUGCAAAUAUGGGGAGGGGUUCUUCUCCUUAAAGGGAUAACAUAAAGCAUUUUGUGCUCCUUGCUGUCAAAAAUAAUUUUUGUAGACAAUUGUUAUAAGAAGUUACUUAAUAUUAUUACAAGGUUCUCCAUUCAGGGUGACCUGACUGCAAAUGAGAUGAACCAUUCCAUUUUUUUACACCCCUCAAAAAAGAAAAAAACAUUACAUUGCAUGUUUUUGACCACACAAUCAGAAAUGUAUUGGCACAAAAAAGGCCUUUACGUUCUUUUUUUAUUUUAUUAAGAAAGUAUGUGGAGCAGAAAAUAUCUUUAACGCACUUAAAACAUAUUUGGUGUUUUCACUCAUGUCUUUGCAUUUUUAGCUUUGUUAAAUAAUUGUAUCAUUGUCAGUAGUGUCAAAUCACGCAAUGUUUUUACCAAUGCCAUAAUUCUGAAAGAAACACCUUUUUGGAUUAUUUUGUUAUUUAAAUUUGAGCCAAACUUUACGUAAAGGAGGAAAAUAGCAUUUAGUGAUAACAUUAUUUGUUUGAUAGGCUUGGAAUUGUAUACACUGGCAUUCAUAUUUUUUAAGUCAUGCCUAUGGUUAAGUGCAUAAAAAGUUUUCCUUCAAACUAGCUGUAGAACAUCCUAUCGGUGCAAUGUAGUAUAUACAGUAAUACUUGCCUAAAUCCCAGUAAAGGAAAAUGGAAAUUGUCCGAAUUAUUAAGUUAUAAGGAAUCACGGUUUGUUAACUUCAGACCUCAAAGUUGAAGAACUAUUUAAUGUCAUUUUUGACAUUAAGUUUACAUAUGUAUAUUUUUGUUUCUCAUUACAAAAAUUAUCCAUAUUUGUUUUUAUUGUUUUCCAUAUAUAAAUGUGAUUCCUAUGCAAGACUAACAAUUGGACCAUAACACUAGAAUAUAGGACAUUAUUAUUCAAUGUAAUAUUCAAGUCAUAAACCUGUCAACGCAUUACCAUGUUUCAAACCCAACUUGCAUAUCAAGCUCUUCUGUUGGAUUUCAGUCCAUUCAGACGCCAAGAUAUGUUUGUUUCAGUUGAUUUUAUUUACUCCCAUUGCAUACAAUACAUUCUGAUAAAUCGUGUACAUAUGCUGUAGCAUAAACUAAAUGCAUGAUGAACAUGUUCAGUGAAACCUGGGGAAAAAGCCUUCAUUAGCUGAGCAGAUUUGAUCCAAAUCAUGCGACAUGUAAAACACAACAACAUCCGGUUGACAGAAUGCAUGUGUGAGUUGCUAUAAAUUAUUUAUUCAAAACAGUUUACUGUCAGAUGACUAUGUUACCUCUAUCUGCAUAAUGCUAAUUCAUUGCUGAUAUAAGAAUGUAUUUGUGUGACAAUGUAAUAGAUUAUAGCUGUUACAUAGAAUUGAUUUAACCUUUGAGUCCCAGUUUGAUCAGAACCCCACCUGCCACCAUUGAAAUUGGCUAUUGUCUAUCAUGAGAAUCUGCAUUAACUUACUGUACACAAACCUACAAGUUUUCAGUGCUUUACAAUUUGGCAAAGUUAAUGGAAAACAUGAUUUCUCUCUGAUGCUGACUUAAAGCAGUUUAGGCACUUGCACUCAUUGUUGACAAACCUUGACUUGAACCACAAGUAAAAAACAAACAUCCUGCCAUUUGCAAGACAUGCUAGGUGUUGUAAGCAAUCCUGAUCCCUAAUAUUUGUGUAAAAAAAAUAAACAUAAAUACUAUUACCUUUCUUGUAGGGGUAUGGACACUAAACAAGGCAAGCCAAUCGGCGAGGUCAGCUUGCCUGAAUUGAUAUUAUGUUUACCAAUGUUAGUUAUCAUGAUUUUGAAUGACGUGCCAUGUCAGGCUUAGGAAAGUGUAUUGUGUAAUAUAUAUAUUGUCUAUAUUGUGAUGUCUUUAGUCUGCUUGUUGCUUUGCACUUUAUUUGUGACGUCCUGUUUUAGAAACAGGGACUGUUUUCCCUCUGUGAAUGCUGACUGUUUUCCCCCAGAUGUAUUCUGAAGAUAUAUUUUUGUGCAAAAAAAUGCUAUUUCUCUUGUCCUCUCCUUUGUAAACUUAGGUACUUUUGAUCUGAUCUCUGAAACAAAUUUCUUAUAUUUGGGAUGCAAAUCUAGAAAGGGCUAAUUCCAAUGCAGCUUGUUCUCCCAUCAUGUUGGAAAGGAAUAGCACUCCGAAUGUAUGUUUUUUUUUGUCCACAGAUUUCCCAUAGUGCUCUGCAUAUCCAUUUAAUAUGUUAAGUGGGUUCAUGUUGGCCCAUAAGACUUCAGGCUUAAGAAGAGUUUUGAGUUUUUACUCAACUUACUUCCAUUGUCUGACUGUACUGUAGAAAUUGCAAGCCACCGCUAACUAUUCACUUAGCAGAAGCCAAACUAUUUUUACUCAACAUUUAAAAGACAAAUAUAUAAAAAUGUGUUGUUCAAGCACAAAUGUAGAGUGUAAUUUGACACAAAAAUCAUUAAUUAAAAGUUUCUGACUUUAUUUGGUACUUGGAACAUUCACACAGCUGAAUAUACAUCUGUAGCAUUUGGAGGUCUUGAAACACCCGACAACUGAGAACAAACUCUUCAUCAAACUAUUGUUCUGUAAAUCAUAAUAUAAGACGUGAAGUAUUUAUUUGUUGCUGUGUGAAUAUGUGAUCCAUUUGUUUAUAAAACUUCUUGUCUAUGGAAUUGAAUGUGGGAGGCGACCUUUCUCUGUACAUAAUCUCAAUUUGCAGAA